AUAAUUUUCAAGUAGUCCCCGCGAACAAUGGACGCGGAGUACGCUUACACGAAGAAGAGGAUGCAUUUCGGGAAGAGGUGCAACUUCUCCGACGUCGACACGAUCGAAGUAGAUAUCAAAUCGAAUCCGGGGAUAAUGAGCAAUUACGUCAGGAUGGAUCCUGUUACGCACUCUACGCAGUGUAGUAAGGUCUACGCGGUCCACGAGGUGAACACAACAACCGCGACAUUCAGGGACAACAAGAUGUACCACUACGAGGGUGGCUGGCCGAAGGACAUAAACAUGAAGGACCUGGAGCAGACGGUCAGAUAUAGGCGCAAGAUCGAGAAGGACGAGCUGUACAUUCACACGAUGCUCCAAUUGUUGCCAUCCAUGGAGCACUGCAUACUGCAGAACAACGCCUGCAACAUCUACGAGCAAUAUUUCGCCGAUGUUGAGAUGACCCCGUUGAUACAGAGAGCGUUUUCGCGCACGGUGAACGUGUACCGCGACCCUUCGAACGCGAAACGGCAGGUCACUCAUUUGUCGUGGUCGCCUGACCAGGGCAACCGUUUCGCCGCCAGUUACUGCAACGUCGACUUCAAAAAGAGCUCCGGUAGCAAUCACACGUCGUACGUCUGGGAAGUAGAGAACCCGAACAGCGCCUACAUGACGCUGAAACCCUUCUGCCCGCUUCUGACAUUGGAGUACAGUCCCAAGGACAGCAACACCCUGGUGGGCGGCUUGAUGACCGGACAGGUGGCCUGCUGGGACAUCAGAAGAGGACCGGAAGCGGUAGACACCAGCUCGGUGGAGUUCAGCCACAGGGACCCGUGCGACAAGGCUCUGUGGAUCAAUUCGAAGACCGGUACCGAGUUCUUCAGCGCCUCGAAGGAUGGACAGAUAAAAUGGUGGGACACCAGAAAGAUGCAGGUCCCGACGGAGACGUUGGUUAUAGAUCUGUUGAAGCCCGAGGAGCAGAACGUCGAUAAGGCAACUGGUAUCUCGGCGCUUCAGUUCGAGCCAUCGAUGGGGACGCGUUUCAUGUGCGGCUUGGAAAAUGGCGUAGUAAUUUCGGGCAAUCGCAAGGGUAAGACGCCCAGUGAGAAAAUCGCGACAAGAUUCAAGGCCCAAUAUGGGCCGGUCAUAAGCCUGGAGAGAAACCCGACGUUCGUGAAGAACUUCUUGACGGUCGGCGACUGGACCUCCAGGAUCUGGUCUGAAGACUGCAGGGAAUCCUGUAUAGCUUGGACCCCCGGUCACCGAGACUUUCUCACAAGCGGUGCAUGGAGCAGCACACGCUACUCCGUAUAUUUCCUGACCAAAACGGACGGCACAUUAGACGUCUGGGACUUUCUAAUUCAACAGGACAGCCCGGUUCUCAGCGUGAAGGUUUGCGACGAGACCUUGACGUGCAUACGACCCCACGAGCAAGGACAGCUGGCUGCAGUCGCGAACAAGAGGGGUGCGACGUACCUGGUCGAAUUUUCGGAAGCCUUGACGGUUAACCAGAAGAACGAUAAAUUGUUGUUAACCGCGCUGCUCGAUCGCGAGACGCGCAGGGAGAAGGUGAUAGAAGCGAAGAACAGAGAGCUACGAUUGAAGAUGAGGGCCUUCAAGGCGCACGGUGAGUCCGACUUAGUCGAUUCCUCUGCGAAGACGGACGAACGGGAAGAUUCUAAGGAUACGUCCAACGGUUUGAAGAACACGAUGAUAAUGCAAUGCGAGCAGGACUACGAGAACCUGAUUAACGAGGAAUUAGCCCGAGAAGCGGAGGCGAAUAAUGUGGAAUUAAACAAUAACAACGUGUUGCAGAACGGCACGAUCACAAGUUGAAGCGUUCCCGUUUCUCUCGCAGGUGUUUCAC